ACAACCAAAUUGUUUCAUCAAAAUCAAAAUAUUUUUAGUUCAUAAGUAAAAUCAAACAAGUACACACGUGUUUAUUUAUUUGUUUGUUCAGAAAAAUGAUGAGGGGUGCGGAAUACGAGCGUGUGCUAAGGUACUUCGAUGAAGACGGUGAUGGAAAGAUUUCACCCUCAGAGCUAAGGAACAGAAUAGCAAUGAUGGGUGGUGAGGUUAUGUUGAAGGAGGCUGAGAUGGCGAUCGAGGCGUUGGAUUCGGACGGCGACGGGUUGUUGUGUUUGGACGAUUUGAUGAAUCUGAUGGAGGCUGCUGGAGAAGAAGAGAACUUGAAGGAUUUGAGAGAAGCCUUUGAUAUGUAUGAUACGGAGAGGUGUGGGUUUAUUACUCCAAAGGCCUUGAAGAGGAUGCUGAAGAAGUUAGGGGAAUCUAAGUCAAUGGUAGAGUGCAAAGUGAUGAUAAGUAGGUUUGAUUUGAAUGGGGAUGGCAUGCUUAGCUUUGAAGAGUUCAGAAUUAUGAUGAAGUGACUACGAUGAUGGUGGUGAUGAUUAUGAUGCUACAUGUACAUUGAUUCUGGCACUUGCUGGCUAGUUCAUGUGUCUAUAGUUUGGUUAUUUUGGUGGGUUUCAAUUUGAUUGAUUAAUCUAUUUGUAUGUACAUUGUGCCUAAUUUGUUUCUGGCUUAUUCUUUUGUUGAUUGAUACAAAUCAUGGAUUUGUAAAUCGCUUUUUGAUUAUUAGGAAUAACAUCUUGGUUAAAGGAAAUUUCACUAAAAAGAAUCUUGGUUAAAAGAAAGGCAUC